AUGGCGCGAGGAUACCUCGAACUCCAAGACGACCCCAAGGAAGAAGAAUUCAAAGGCUUCUCCGCCUCCACCCCCGCCUCCCCUUCCUCUUCCUCCUCGUCUCCUCCUCGCUCACGCGUCCCCUCCGGCAACAGCAACCGCAGCAACAACAACAAUGGCUCGAAGGAACAUGCAGAAGUCGAGAUGGACGACCUGUUGUUGACACCACCCCAGACCGGGCUCACACACGAACAGGCAGCUCAACGGUUGAAGACUUUUGGACCAAAUCAGUUGGUCGAGGUCAAGGUUAACCAGCUGUUGAAGUUUUUGAGCUAUUUUGUCGGGCCCAUUGCGUUCUUGAUUGAGGCUGCUUGUAUCGUCUCUGCUAUCGUCAAGGACUGGUUCAACUUCUUUACGAUUCUCGGCCUCUUGUUCUUGAACGCGGUCAUUGGAUACUUUGAAGAAGCCAGAGCAGAGUCCGCGGUCGAAGCCCUCCGCCAAACCCUGGCUCUCAAGACCCGCUGUUGGCGCGAGGGGCAACUUCAGGAAAUCGACACCACCCUCUUGGUCCCCGGAGAUAUCAUUGUCCUCCGCUUGGGGGAUAUCGUCCCCGCUGAUGGUCGUCUUUUGGGCAUCGAUGCUUCGGGUGCGCGCACGGAUGGAGAACUUCUUGUCGACCAGUCGUCUUUGACGGGUGAAUCGUUUGCGGUGUCGAAGAAGAAGGGCGAGGAGGUGUUUUCGUCGACGGUUGUGAAGCAGGGUCAGCAGAGGGCGAUUGUUACAAAGACUGGAAGUGAUACGUAUAUCGGCAAGGCAGCGCAUUUGAUUGCCAACACGGCAAGCGAGGGGCAUUUCCAGAAGGUCAUCAAUCGGAUCGGAAACUUUUUGGUGCUCUUUACUUUGCUCUUGACGAUCAUCAUCAUUGUCGUCCAGUAUAUCACCUACCGUGAUGACUCUGUCCGGGGACAGGUUCUGAACAUUCUUGGACCGGUCAUGAUUUUGGCCAUCUCGGCUAUCCCCAUCGGUCUCCCUUCUGUCAUGGCCGUCACUAUGGCUGUCGGUGCCCGUGGUCUGGCUGCCAAGCAGGUCAUUGUCAAGCGUCUUGCGGCCGUCGAGGAAAUGUCGGCCCUUUCUGUACUUUGCUCCGACAAGACUGGCACCUUGACCCUCAACGAGUUGACGUUUGAUGAACCUUACCUCGCCGAGGGUUACACCCCCCAGGACCUGUUGUUGUACUCUUACCUCGCCUCGGAGUUUGGCGCAAACGAUCCUAUCGAGUUGGCUGUCCGUCAGGCCGCCGAGUGGCAGGUUCCUAUCCUCCGCAACCGUCCCGCUGGGUCCAGCAAGGUUCCUGGGUAUGAAAUCAGCAACUUUAUCCCCUUCAACCCCAGCUCCAAGUACACACAGGCGACUGUUCGGGAUAUCAGCAACGAAGUCACGUACAAGGUCGCUAAGGGUGCCCCCCAGGUUAUCAUUCAGUUGGUUGGUGGUAGCGAUGCGGCUGUUAGGGCGUACACGACGAUGGCUCAGCGUGGAUUGCGUGCGCUUGGUGUUGCUAGGACGCUUGCGGGAACUGACAAGUGGACUUUGGUCGGAUUGGCGGCCAUGUUGGACCCUCCUCGCCCGGAUUCGGAGCAGACGAUUCAGCGGUGCCAGACGAUGGGUAUUACGGUCAAGAUGGUGACGGGAGAUCAACAGAUCAUUGCCAAGGAGGUCUCGCGUCGUUUGGGUCUAGGCCGUGUUAUCUUGGAUGCUUCUCACCUGGCGGACGGGUUGCUUACGGAGGAACAGCGGUCGGAUCGGUUCUACCGUGCUGACGGAUUCGCAGAGGUCACACCGGAGCACAAGUUCAGGAUUGUCGAUGCCCUCCAGCAACGCGGACUCCUCGUCGGCAUGACGGGUGAUGGAGUCAACGACGCCCCCGCGCUCAAGAAGGCUAAUGUCGGAAUUGCAGUCCAUGGAUGUACGGAUGCUGCGCGGUCUGCGGCCGAUAUCGUCCUUUUAGCCCCCGGUCUGUCGACGAUUGUUGAUGGUAUUUUGGCCUCGCGGGCGAUCUUCCAGCGGAUGCGGUCGUAUGCGUUGUAUCGUAUAACGUCGACGGUGCAUUUCUUGAUGUUCUUCUUUGUGGUCAUCUUGGUCUAUGACUGGUCUUUGCCUGCCAAGCUAUUGAUUCUUAUCUGUGUCCUGAACGAUCUUGCCACCCUUGUCAUCGCCGUCGACAACGCCCAAAUCUCAAAGUUGCCAGACAAGUGGCGAGUCGGCCAACUAAUCUUCCUCUCCUGCUUCCUUGGCAUCCUCCUCACCGGUCUCUCCUUUGGCCACUUCUUCUACUUUUGGAAAGUCAAGGGCUACUAUCCCUACCCAACCGCAGAAACCGACUCCCCCGUAGUCGACCGGUCCCUUGAAUCCAUCAUGUACCUCCACAUCUCCUCCGCUCCCCAUUUCCUUAUUUUCUCAACGAGAUUGACGGGAUACUUUUGGGAGAGCAUGCCAAGUAUCUGGUUCACGAUCGUCAUCCUCGGCACCCAGGUCAUCGCAUUGUUGAUGGUCAUCUUUGGAUGGCUCACCCCCGCCGUCCCCGCCACCCAGGCCCUCGCAGUCUUUGGUGUCUCCCUCGUCUCCUGUGUGGUCCUGGACGUUAUCAAAGUCCAGGUCUUCAAAUUCUGGACCCUAGGCUCCCACUCCCUUUCCUGCGCACCCUGCGGAGGAAGAAGGAAAAUGCUUCUGGAUCGCAAGCGAGUUGAAAGGAACCAGAAGCGGGUUUGGAGGAGUAUCCAUAAAGGCCCAGAGGCAAUUGUUGCAAAGACGAGGGUAUUGCUGGCGAUUGGGAGCGGCGGGAGCAAGAUCCCGCAGUCGAUGAUGGACGAUAUUUCUUGGGAUCGCCAUGGUGGUAGUCUGUAA